CCAAAUAUUGAACAGGUAAAUAAGGCAGUUAUCAUAAGUAAACAAAGCACCCUAGUACUAGAUUAGAAUCACUAGAUGAUGUCUAAUUAUUAAUACAGUUAAACAAGUAGCUCACGCUCCACAAUCCACAUUCAAAAUGUAAAAUGGGCUUCCUGACAUUGCCAUGUUAUUAUGCCCACAAGAUAAUAUUCAUUCCAUCAGUUCUUCCUCCACAUUUUCACUUUUCUCCUUUCCCACAUUCCAUUAGGCUUUGUAGCUAAAACCUCCAUUUUGCUUCUGAAUUCCUCCUUUAAAAUCAUGCCUUACAUUUUUUCGACUCAUGUCAUUAGCCCAGUUGCUGUUGGACUCUAUCCAUAAGCUCAGAUGAUCUACAGAAAUGGCAGUUGCUUCUUCUGUCUAUCAGUAUCAAUAAUUUCAGUUUUCCAACGGUUCUUCUUACCAAGAUUACCUGCAUUUGCUUAAAUUAAGCACCCUAUCUAUGGAUUCACUACCAAGAUUACUUGCAUAUUGCUUGUUGAUAGUGAAAAUUGCAGAGGUCAGCCAUUUGAAUAAAUCCAGUUGGGUCCUCAAUUUCUUGUCCUCUUGGAAAUGUUUGGCCAUAUUGGGUUCAAACAAGUUUUGUAGCUCAAUCAAUACCAAGUUUUCAAUUAAGAGUAUGAAGGCAGAACCAUGUGAUCCUUCAGCUACAUGUCUCUAAGACACCUCACAUUCCAAGUCUCUCUUCACCACUUAAAAAGUUUUUCAAUCAUUCUAAAUACAUACAAACAUAUCAUUCCACAACCACAAGCCCCGCAGCCUCUUGAAACAAGUUAAUAAAACUUCAUCAUCAAUUUUAUUUGUUUUUUCUUGGAUCAUUUGAAAGCAUACCUAAAGAGUUGUCUCAAGAAUGUUUGCAAUCCAAAGGUCCUCUGUCCAGUACUCCAUGUGAAUUUAUCAGUUUGCAUCCAAAUGGCCCACUGUUUGGUUUCCAAUCUUUAGGUGGUCCUGCAUUGGCUUCUGUUGAAAUUGUAUGGGAUAGUCUUUCUCAACCCAAUUGACAAGGUACUAUCUUUUGGUCCCCAGCUUUCUGCUUUUAGUUUGGAAGACAAAGCCAUGUGAUACUGUAUCAAUCUAUGUCCUAAUGAGAAGGUCUCAGCAGCAUGUGAUUCUUGGCCACUCAAUCCAAAUUUAAGAAGAUUUUCCACAUUGAACCAUUCAUCUAUAUAUACACCGAAGGACUUGGUUCUCAACCAACAUAAGUUUUCAGUUUUCACAAUCUCUCAAUUAGUAUCUUUUCCUUGAACAAAAAACCGUCAAAAAGUUAUCUUCUUGACUACUUCCCUCAAGAAACCCAAAAGAAAUCAUGGGUAUUCGUUUUCCUACCAUUCGGGCAAAGCAAAUUCUGAGGCAAUCUUCCACAUCUAUGGAUGUGCCCAAAGGGUUCUUAGCAGUAUAUGUUGGGGAGACUGAGAAGAAGAGAUUUGUGGUUCCAGUAUCGUACAUCAACCAGCCUUCAUUCCAGGAAUUGCUAAGUAAAGCUGAAGAAGAGUUUGGUUUUGAUCAUCCAAUGGGUGGUUUGACAAUUCCCUGUGGAGAAGACGCUUUCAUUAGUGUUACUUCCCAGAUAAACAGAUUAUGAAUUCAUCAAAACUAAUCUUCAUAGACAAUUUUGUAUAGCAGGAAGUUCAUGUAAAUAGUAAUUCUCCUCUUCAAGCAGAUGAGGUUUUUCUCAUGAGAAGGAAUUUUGUAUAACAUUC